AUAUUAAGGAAGUGAUUGGAAUAAAGCCAGAAAAAAUAGAAAAAUGGCUGAAAGAAGGUACAGUUGAGCUAAAAGUCACUCGUAUCAAUAUGCAUGGUGCACCUGGAGCUGGUAAAACGUGUUCGCAGCACCUCCUACUUAAUGAGCCACCACCUGAGAAACUCACUGAUAGUACACCAAUAGCUUGUCGUGCUGUUCAAGCAACAAGAAUAUCUAUUGAUGAUGAAAAUAAGAAGUGGGAGAGGGUUGAAGAGCAAGAUUUAUAUGAUCAACUAGCAUCUCAUUUAAAAGAGGCACCAAUUGAAACGAAAUUUGAACAAAAAUUGGAUAAAGCAUCACUGGAUUUAGAUGAUAUAUUUGAUAGUUCAGAUGAAGAUGAAAGUGACGAUGAAUUAUAUGCAACCGAGACUAAACCAUCAAUUGAACAGACACCCACUGAGAUUAAACGAACUGAAAUUAAUCCAACUCAAACAGAAGUAGUACAAGAAGUUAUAAAUGUUCAUGAAGCUGGAAAGUCUAAAAAGUUCAGCACAAAUUGGGUUUAUUUUAUUGAUUCUGGUGGUCAACCAGCAUAUCGAGAGUUGCUACCUCUUUUUACAGGAGCAGCUGCACUGAAUAUCAUCACCAUUGAUCUUACCAAAGGUCUUCAUGAGAAGAAGUGUGAGUUUCACUAUCGUAUUAAUCAAAAUACGUUCCCUAUUAAGACAAAGCUGCAAUAUUCUAAUCUCGAUAUAAUACGCUCAACAAUUAGCUCUGAAGCUAUGUUUAAUCCUAUCAAAAUUUCUUUCUCUAAGUCUGACAAGCCUAAACCCCCUCAUUAUCUUAUUCUUGGUACACGUAAAGAAUUGGUUACUGAUGAAAGGUUAAAAGAAAUGAAUAGAAGUCUUAUAAGUAGCUCUAAUCUAGAUCUUAAAAAUGUCAUUCCAAAUGAACCUGGUGAAUCAAUUAUAUUUCCAGUUGAUACAUUGCUCCCUGCUGGGUCUAAGGAAAGAGAGGAAGCUAGUGUAGAGCUUUGUAAGGCAGUUUCAAGUUGUGAUCUUGAAUUAACAAUUGAGUUACCAAUUCGAUUGCUUACUUUUGAGAUUUCUCUACAAAGGGAAGCUAAGAAGAAGAAACGCAGUUUUUCUUACAAAAGAAGAAGUUAUUAAAAUUGGUGAGGAUCAGCUACUUGAUGAAUCAGAUAUUGAUGAUGCUCUGCAAUAUUUGCACGAUGUUACUAUCAUUCUUUAUUACCAUGAGGUUCUACCAAAUUUAGUAUUUGUCAAUCCUAAGCCAAUUCUUGGUGCCCUUUCACAUUUAAUAGCUAUUACAUAUAUUGACCAAUCUAAUCUGCAUUUAAUUGCAAAAGUAUCUAAUGAAAGAAUACGCCUCAAAGAAUGUGGCCUUUUUAAACAAGACCUUUUAGAAAAAAUUGGUCAGAAAAAAAUUUUUGAUCAAGAUUUUGAAUCAUCUCACAUGAUCACUCUUUUAAAACACCUCCAUGUUAUUGCUGAAAUAGGAGGAGAUUAUUUUUUUCCGUGUGCAUUACCAUCUUGUGAUAAGCUCAUUCCUGCCCCAACAGAAAUACAACCACUUCUCAUAGCAUGGGAGAUUAACAACAGUGGAACAACAACUCUAGCAAUUCCUCAAGGAUUAUUUCCUUUAACCAUUGUACACCUUUUAGAGAGA